UCUUUAAUUAUUUAAUACAUAUAUCAAUACCGAGGAACUAAUUCAUUUCAGCGAUCAUCAUUUCUUCAGCAAUCGCUGCACAUUGCAUUCACCAUGAGGGGAAAGCCAACGAACGAGGUUUCGUCCAGUCAACUUGGCAGCAGCUCUUCAAUGCAAACUGAGUUGUGUUCUAAGGGGCAUAAGAGGAAGACAUUAUUCAAUGAAGGAAAAGAGCAUACUGGCUUGACUGGUUUAACAGUUAUGCGUAAAAGAAAGCGAGGAAGGAUUGUUUCCAAGACUCAAGAUUGUUGUGAUCCAUUUAAUUUCCCUAAUUUGCUGGAUGGGCUGGAUUAUUCUAAGUUUGGAAGUGCGGCAAAAGACAUAGAGGCUCUUUGUGCUAGGAAGAGGCAAACACCUAGCACUUAUGUUGAAUUGCAUCCAACUCUUCCAUAUGCGCGUCUGGAUGUGGAAAAGAACCAGAAUAUGGAGGCUUCAAAUUUUCCACAACGUACUUCUUCAGAGCAUAAGAAUGUGAUUGAUCUAGAGGACGAUCAUUCUGAAAAUUAUGUUCCAGCCGUAGCACCAUCAGUUAUAAUUCUUGACUCAGAUGAAGAAUGUGCAAAUCAGGGGCCUUCUUCUUCAUGUGAGGAGGUUGUUUUGAGCAAGCCAGCUAGUGAACCUUCAAUUACUGAUUUAAUGGUUGAAAAUUAUUCAGAGGGCAAAGCUCCGACUGAAGAAGAGGAAAGUAUUUCCAAUGAAACCAGUGAAACUGUAGAUGAUAGUCUGGCAGAUAUUUGGAAGGAGAUGGAAAUUGCAUUGGAAUAUUCCAAGGAUACUGCUGUAGAUUCGUUAUCUGAUGAGCAUGUCAUUGGAGGUGGAGAUGACUGUGAUCAUUCUUUUGUCCUAAGGGAUGAUCUCGGCUACGUUUGUCGGAUUUGUGGGAUUAUUCAAAGAUCAAUUGAUACCAUAUUUGAAUUCCAGUAUGGCAAGACAACAAGAACAACAAGAACUUACAUGUCUGAAACUUGGAAUAAAAAAGACAGAGAGCCAGUUGAAAUUCUCCCUCAUGGGGUUAAGUUAUCUGAGCACGAAUCAACUGUAACUCACGUCUUUGCCCAUCCAAGGCACAUGAAGCAAAUGAAACCCCAUCAAGUGGAGGGUUUCAAUUUUCUGCUACAGAACUUGGUGACUGACAAUCCAGGGGGCUGCAUCUUGGCACAUGCUCCAGGAUCUGGAAAAACUUUUAUGAUCAUCAGUUUCGUGCAGAGUUUUCUGGCCAAGUAUCCCAAUGCUAGACCACUUGUUGUACUACCAAAAGGCAUAUUAGCCACAUGGAAGAAAGAAUUUCAGAGAUGGCAGAUUGAAGACGUUCCACUCUUUGACUUCUACUCAUCAAAAGCAGAAAAUCGUUCUCAACAGUUGGACGUGUUAAAGAAAUGGGUAGAACAGAAGAGCAUUCUCUUUCUGGGGUAUAAGCAGUUUUCGUCGAUUGUUUGUCACAAUGAAAUCUGCCAGAUGACGGCUGCCUGUCGAGAAAUACUGUUGAAGGCACCUUCUGUUCUUAUUCUGGAUGAAGGUCACACUCCAAGAAAUGAGAAUACCGAUGUGCUGCACUCUUUAGCAGAGGUUCAGACGCCUCGAAAAGUAGUACUUUCUGGAACUCUAUUCCACAAUCAUGUCAAAGAGGUAUUCAAUAUAUUGAAUCUUGUUCGGCCCAGGUUUUUGAAACUGGAUACUUCCCGAGCACUUGUCAAGCGCAUCAUUAGCAAAGUACAGAUAGCCGGUGCAAGAAGGAUGGUAAAAUCGAGUGCAAAUUCGACUUUCUAUGACUUGGUACAGAACACACUUCAGAAGGAUGAUGAUUUCAGGAGAAAAGUGAGUGUUAUACAAGAUCUUCGGGAGAUGACCAGCAAAGUUCUUCACUACUACAAGGGAGACUUCUUGGAAGAACUACCUGGUCUUGUUGACUUCACUGUGCACCUCACUUUAAGUGCCAAACAGAGAACUGAAGUUGAGAAGCUAAAGAAGCUGGAUAAUUUCAAGAGAAAUUCUGUAGGCAGCGCUGUUUAUGUGCACCCAUGCUUGAAAAUGUUUGCAGAGAAAAAUCCUGCAGCUAGAGAUAGAUCUGCAUUGGUCAAUGACGAGAAGAUAGAUGAGAUAAUUGAGAAACUGAAUGUCAAAGAUGGAGUGAAAGCCAAGUUCUUUCUUGGCAUGUUGGGUUUGUGUGAAUUGACUGGUGAGAAGCUGCUGGUUUUCAGUCAGUAUCUCCUGCCCCUGAAAUUUUUGGAGAGAUUAGCAAAGAGAGUCAAGGGUUGGAGCCCUGGAAAAGAAACUUUUAUGAUCUCAGGUGAUUCAAAUUCUGAGCUUAGGGAGUGGUCCAUGGAAUGCUUUAAUGGUUCCGCUGAUGCCAAAAUCUUCUUUGGGUCAAUUAAAGCUUGUGGUGAAGGAAUCUCUCUGGUUGGGGCAUCUCGCAUUCUAAUUUUGGAUGUCCACCUUAAUCCUUCAGUAACCCGCCAAGCAAUAGGCCGUGCUUUUCGGCCAGGCCAACAGAGAAAAGUGUACACUUACAGACUUGUUGCUGCUGAUUCACCUGAAGAAGAAGACCACUUGACAUCCUUCCGAAAGGAGAUGAUUUCAAAGCUGUGGUUUGAAUGGGAUGAGUGUUGUGUCCAUCAAGACUACGAAAUGAGCUCUGUUGAUGUGAAGGAUUGUGGUGAUACCUUUCUGGGAAGCCCAUUGCUCGGUGAAGAUAUAAAGGCUUUGUUCAAAAGGUCAGCGUGUUCGUUCGUUCUAUUCCAAAUGAGUUUUAAUAUAUAUGUUCAAUCAUUUUGUCCUAUAUAUAUAUAUAUAUAUAUAUAUAUAUAUAUAUAUAUGUCGUCCUACAUUUUCCAUUUUAUUUUCUUUUUUUCAGGUAAAUCCUGGAAAAGGGGUCUAAACAAGGGAUUUGCAUCAAUAGUCUUACCAUUUCUUGUGACUUGUUUUCAAGAUUCAUGCUGCUCGUAGUAAGGCACCUUUCGUGCAGUCCUGCUCAUGUUCAAGCACUCCUGAGAGCCCCGGGCAUUCUUUUUUGAAUCAAUGCUGGCUGUAAGUGUCGCAGGGGUAAUCCAUUUUGGACUUCUGUAAAUAAAUGAUGCUCAACUUAUCGAGUAAAAAGAUUAGAAAAUAUAGAUAGGAUGAAUGUGGAUGUUUAAGUGCGAAUGAUAGCUUAUUAGAGCUUCUCUGCUAUGGUUAUUAAUCUCGGUUAAUAUUUGUAAAUGUUUUUGCUCAGACAAGGCCAUUUUCUAGUUAAGGUAUUUUGGAUGACUGGCAUUUCAUCUCA